AUGCCAGGUGUCAAGCGAAAGGCAGAGGCAUCCACCUCCUCGCCUUCCUCUUCCAAAAACAAGGCCAGUCUAUCGGCCAGAUCGACAACCAAGUCGACGUCGCGCAAAUCCAAACAGGUUUCUGUAUACAUGGACGACAGUGACAACAAUGACGACUUUGACGACGAUGAGGAUUUGCUGGAUGCCGCCCUACAUGGCACUGGAUCUGCUGCCUUGCCAGAUGCAGAGGAGGAGGAUGACGAUGAUGACGAUGAUGAUGAAGAUGAUGACGAUGACGAUGACGAUGAUGCCGACGACGAUGAAGAUGGCAACAGCGAGGACGAAGACAAAGAUUCCGAAGCAGUAUCACAAGAUGAGAUACAGCUUGCAUCAGAUCAGGAAGAUGAUGACGAGGAUGACGAUGACGAAGAGAACGACGAGAGUUUUGACCGGAUCGAGCCAUCCGAAGUCGAACUCAUGUCGGACGAGGAUAUGGAUGGUGGAUUCGAAGAUCUUGAGGCCGGUGACAACACUCAGAAUGGCGACGACAUGGAAGCAACACCUUCAGACAAUGUAGUUACAUCUGCAUCAUCCUCCCGCAAGUCCAAUAAGUCCGCUCUCUAUGCCAUCCCCACCCUCGCCGAGGUGCAAGGACUUAAAGAAACCGGCGAACUCUUCAAGAACAAUGUCUUCAAACUCAAAGUUGACGAGAUGCUUCCCGAAGUACGACCCGCGUACAACAAGGCUGGUGCCCUCGAAACCGUCCUCCGACGACUUCAUCAGCUGUUCGAAGCCCUCUCGCCCAUCCAACCUUUACCUGUGGGCGAGGCGAUCAAAAGCUUCCAGAAACGCACGGCCGGAUCCAAGGUCCGCAUUCCGUUUCCUGACCCCGCUCCCAAGGCCGAAGCAAACUACAAGCUCGGUUUCGAAAAGCCCUCAGCAAUGCAUCUGGUGGGAAGCUGGCCGCUCAAGUCUACAGCAAAGCGUCCCGCUGGGGUGGAUGUCGAUAUCGCAGUUGUGAUGCCUUCGAGUCUGUUCCAGCCCAAGGAUUACGUCAACUUUCGAUACUUUCAUAAGAAAGCUUUCUACCUUGCGACACUUGCACACGCUAUCCAGACAGCAGAGGAUGAACAUGAUAUCGCGUUGGGUGUGACGGCUUCGUUCGGCCUCGUGGAUGCGGAUCCAAGGCGCCCUGUGUUGGUGCUCCGACCGAUUCACGACAAGUCCGAAACCGAUUUUUCCAAGCUCAAGUGCACCAUCCGCAUUCACCCUUCUCUCGAGGCUGAUACCUUCAAGCCUAUCCAUCUCGAUCCUAUGCGCAGCAAUGUGCGCGUAGCUUCUCCUAACGAUGAAGCAUCCAUCGACGCAAACGCCUCCAUCGCCGCUACCCCACGCUACAACGCGGCCAUCCUCGCCGACACACUGCACCUUCCCCAUCUCGUCUACCUUCAUACCGUAGCUCAGGCAUGUCCAGCAUUCGCAGAUGCAUGCCUGCUACUUAAGACCUGGGCUUUUCAACGAGGAUUCGGUUCUGGCGGUCGUCUCAACCCGAAACAUGUCCACGACGCUGAUGACGAUCGUCGCAGACUUGUCGCAGGCACUGCCUCCAUCCGCUUCAUCCUCACCAUGAUUCUGGCGCAUCUGUUGCAAGGAGAGGAAAAGAAAGCCGGCUGGAAACGAGAUACCACCCAUGCGGGACGCAGCAAUCUGUCCAACAGCUUUUCCAGCUAUCAGCUUUUCCGCGGUGUGGUGGAUUGGUUGGCAAAGCACGAUUUCAAGACGCAGCCGGUGUUCAUGAAGUCGAUGCCGGAAGCGGGACUUGCCAGUCGAUCUGACAAAGUGCCACGUCAGAAUUUCAGCCAGGUCUUUGAUCGGGUCUUGGUCGAUCCGAGCGGUAUGCUCAACUUGUUCGCUUUCGUGCCGACUGGCUCUAUCGAUCUGUUACAGUACGAAGCAAAGAGGACGUUCGAGAUGCUCAACGAUCCAAGUUCGGAUCACUUUGACGCGCUGUUCUUGCAGGACCGCACAGCCGCUCCAUUCACGUUCGAUGAAGUAGCGCGUGUUAACCUUGCACUGUCGACGGCCAGGGCGUCGUCGAAAGUAAACAGCAACAGCAACGGUGCUGGUCUCUCGGCAUCGAGUCGCAUCCAGCGCGCUGACUUUGGCACAUCGUUCCAAGCCGCCAUGAUCCAAGUCAGCACGACUGCAUCACGCGCUCUCGAAGGCCGUGCCAAGCUCGUAGCUCUUCUGCAUCGUGCUACAGGUGGCCUGGCUUCAACGUGGAGACUCGAUGGAGCACGACCUGCUGCUUCAAGCCAAGCCGAGAUCGGGUUAGUGCUAAACGGAGAGCAAGCAUGGAGGAUGGUCGAGCACGGGCCUUCGAGUCAAGACGUAGAAAAGGCGGAACAGUUCCGCGCCUUCUGGGGCAAGAUGUCCGAGCUGCGUCGAUUCAAAGACGGCAGAGUGCUCGAGAGCGUUGUCUGGCCAGUGACGACCCAAAGUUCACGAUGGGCGAUUCCACGUCGUAUCCUGUCGUAUGCGAUGUUCCGUCACCACGCGAUCCACGAAUCACAGAUCCAAUUCGUCUCCUCGCACUUCGAAUCGCUCUUGGACAUUGACACGAGCCUGGCACGUGCCGCUCAUCUCGUAAGCACCGAAGAGAAAGGUUUCACCUUGGUCCAGUCAGCCUUUGACCAGCUAUCGAAAGAUCUGCGUGCCCUCGAAUCGCUUCCACUGUCCAUCAUCUCCAUCUCUCCUGCUUCUUCCGGUCUGCGAGGUACCAGCACCUUUGUGCCCGCUCCUAUCAACUUGGAUCUACUCGGUGACCGCAUUCCAGACUGCGCAUCCUACUUGCCCGUCCACGACAUCAUCCUCACCUUUGAGGGCUCCGGCAAGUGGCCUAAUGAGCUCUCGGCAAUCCAAGCCAUGAAAGCGGCUUUCUUCGAACGCAUGUGCGCCGAGAUCACCAACAAGAUCGCCGGCGUCACGUGUCGCGUAGUCUUUGACCCGCAUGCUUCAUCAAAGAUGGAGGAUCAGUGCAGUUUGGAACUCGUUCUCGCGUCUGGGUUCGCCUUCCGAGCACGGGUGAUGCACAACCGCGAAAAAUUGCUACUCGAACGUAUUCUGGCCGACCGCUUUGAAUCGGCAGGUGCCAAGCGUCGAGCUCGCAAAAUUUUGCUUGAAUGGCAACAUAGGUUUGAGACAGCUCCGUUGCAUCAUUCAUACAUCGCUUCGAUGGGGCAUCGCUUUGCGUCGUUUGGAGGAGCCGUUCGAUUGACGAAGAGAUGGUUGGCUAGCCAGAUGCUGUCGUCUAACGCCGUGCCAGAAGAGCUGAUCGAGCUGGUAUGUGCAGCGGCGUACCUGUCACCGGAAGAAGGUGCACCAGCAUCUGCAGUCGCUGGAUUGUCAAGAAUCUUGCGACUGCUCGCCAAUUGGAGAUGGAAAGAGGAACCAUUGAUGGUCCCUAUCCAAGCCGUGAUCGACUCUGCUACGACCAAAGAGAUCUACACUUUCCCUACAGACAAGCGUACCGAGGUGGAGACGCAUUUCAAUGCUGCACGAGGUAGUGAUCCUUCGAUGAUGCAUCGCGCAUGGUUCGUUGCUACAGAAACGGACACCGAAGGGCUCGCGUUUGGUCGCAAGGGUCCGGUGGGAGGGGUUGCCGAUGGCAUCAAGAAGCUCGCGCGGGGCGCCGUCCGCGUGCUCGAAGAAGCCACUUCGCUCGACACUGAUCAAGUGCGAGCACUGUUCACCCCCUCGCUUGAACACUACGACUUUGUCAUCCACCUCAAUCCGAGCGUGCUGCCGCGAUACAGCGAAAACAUUCAUGCCGAUCCAGCAGUGUGGGGCGCCAAACGUACAAAGUAUGCCAACGACGUCGCCGCCACCAUUCAAUCGUCAGGGACGCUGCUAGGCUCCACUCCUAAACCCGGCUUCGAUUCAGCAGAAGCGUUCCUCACGCUGCUCAGAGGGCUGUACAGCGACUCGUUCCGAUUGUACCACGAUCAACACGGAGGAUGUGUGAUCGGUGGACUGUUCAACCCUUCGCUCGAUCGCGAGCGUGAUUUCAAGGUGGGACUGGGAUUCUCCUCCUGUCCAAGCAUUGCAGGAAACAAGGCGCAGGUCAAGCUCAACAAGUCUGCCAUUGUGGCCGAAAUUGAGCGACUGGGUGAAGGACUUGUAGAUAGGAUCGAAUUGCGAAGUGGCUAA